UCGUCCCCAGGCCGGGCGCGGGGACGGUGGCCCCGGCCCCUCGGGCUGUGAGCGGGUCCUGGGGUGCGCGGGGGCUCGGGGAGCUGGCACCGCGCCCGGUCUCGGCCCUGCUCCCAGUGGCUGUUCCCAGGGUAAGUCCUCGUGGAAAAACUCCCUCUGGCCAGCCGGGACCAGGCACGGGGUACUCAAGCGGUCCGGGCCGGUAGAGGGCAGCGGGACGAGUGUGCAGCUGUCUAGCACAUUCACAGAGUCCGGGAACAGCCUGCUGAAGGCAGUGGCUGGCAUGCCUAGUUGGGGACCCCAGCUGUGACUGUCCCCAGCUCCUGGUGGCCUGUCUCUCCCACUGUAGGAAAGGUGGCUUCUAUCUGGAAGCAGGACACAGCGUCAGGCACUGUGCUGAUCUCUGGAGGUGCCCCCUCUUGGGAAAGGGCUCCCCUUCCUCUCCCCAACUACUGUCAGAGGGAGUCCAGAAGGCAGAUGGAGGGUGUGCAUGUCCGCCCGGCUGGCACCUACCCCACUGCUUCUCCCUGUCCCCUGCUGCCUCUGUACUCCUCAGCAAGGAAGGAGUGGGGGUGAAGGGGUGUCCAGCAGCGACCUGCAUUGUGCCCACUUGGGCAUGGUGAAACUGCUUGGUUUUGCAGAAAGUAGGACAGCAGCAGUGGCAGAGCUGUUGCUAAGGACAGCGCACCUCCACCAAGUGCUCUCUACUUGGGUGUAAAAUGGAUGGCUUUGGGUUCGGGGCGCUGGUUCCCCAUGUCUUGUUCCUUGCCUCGUGAGUGGGUGCUCAGAGUCUGCAUGAAUGUUCUCUGUGCUCCUGCCUCUGUCCGGUUUGGGCAUUGUGCACCCUGGCGCCUGUGGCUCUGUGCCCCCAUGCCCCGUCCCCCAGGCAGUUAGAGGUGAGCUUCGGGAAGGGUCUGAGGGGCCGGCGUGUGUUCUGAGCCUCAGUGAGGACCACUGGGUUUCGCCAGUGUUUCCAGGGGUCUGGGGAGCCUCGCUUUGUCCACAGUGUGUUCUCAGCUGGGUCCUGCCCUCCUCCCCUGCCUGCCUUAGAAAGCCCGGAAGUUGGGGGACAGACAGCUCAGCGAUGGGGGAGCUAAGAGGGGGAAGAUGGAGACGGAAAGGUCUGGGUCUUGUUCUAGUUCGUUCCUUUGACCCCAGUGAGCACAGACCUCACCAAACAGCUGGCCAGCUUGAGCUUGCCUGUCCUCAGCGAGGGAGAGUGUCUGCCUGGCGGCCACCACAGCAUAAAGAUGCAUACAGACCUCCCUGGUGGGGGUCGUCCUGGUCCUCUCCCCGCGCCUCACCUGGCACCCCCGCCGUCCUGCUUCUGCCUCUGCCCUGCAGCUUGCUGAGUGAGAGCGAGAAGCGCCCCUUCGUGGAGGAGGCCGAGCGGCUGCGGGUCCAGCACAAGAAGGACCACCCGGAUUACAAGUACCAGCCGCGCCGGAGGAAGAGCGUGAAGACAGGCCAGAGCGACUCGGACUCGGGUGCCGAGUUGGGCCACCACCCUGGGGGUGCCGUGUACAAGACCGACACGGGCCUCGGCGACGCGCACCACCACGGCGACCACACAGGGCAGACCCAUGGGCCGCCCACCCCGCCCACCACUCCCAAGACAGACCUGCACCACGGGGGCAAGCAGGAGCUGAAGCUGGAAGGCCGCCGCCUGGUGGACAGCGGGCGCCAGAACAUCGACUUCAGCAACGUGGACAUCUCGGAGCUGAGCAGUGAGGUCAUCGGCAACAUGGACACCUUCGACGUCCACGAGUUUGACCAGUACCUGCCUCUCAACGGCCACUCAGCCCUGCCCACAGACCAGCCCACCACCGCCGGCUCCUAUGGGGGUGCCUCCUACUCGCACUCCAGCAUUGGGGCGUCCCCCAUGUGGGCCCAUAAGGGAGCCCCAUCGGCCUCGUCAUCACCCACCGAGGCAGGCCCCCCGCGGCCACACAUCAAGACGGAGCAGCUGAGCCCCAGCCACUACAGUGACCAGUCGCACGGCUCUCCGGGCCGCGCUGACUACGGCUCCUACAGUGCCCAGGCCAGCGUCAGCACGACCGCCCCUGCCGCGGCCGCCAGCUCCUUCACCAGCUCACAGUGCGACUACACCGACCUGCAGGCCCCCAGCUACUACAGCCCGUACCCUGGCUACCCGGCCAGCCUCUACCAACACCCCUACUUCCACUCGUCCCGCCGGCCCUAUGCCUCACCCCUGCUCAGCGGCCUCUCCGUGCCACCCGCCCACAGCCCCCCCAGUAACUGGGACCAGCCCGUGUACACCACCCUGACCAGACCCUGAGGGCGCCCUGGCUGUGUGGAGGGGCCCGUGUCUGUGGAGGAGAGCCUUUAUCUUGGCAAAGACAGGCAGGGCCUCCGAGGCCUUCAGGAAGGAGCGAGGGGAGGGGAGGGGAGGCGC